UCUCCCUCUCUCUUUCUCUCUCUCUCUCUCUCUCUCUCUCUCCCUUUCAAAAGAGAUGGAGAGAGAGAGAGAAAGAGAAAGAAAGAGAUCAGUACAUCUCCUCGACUCGGUCUCGCUCACAGCAGUAGCGGAGCUAGCAUUUAAAUAGCCGAUUCAGAAUGGCGGUGUGGUGAGGGUGGGAGCUCCGAGUGUUUUUAUUUGUCUCCGAUAUAUACACACGCGAGUAAGAGAGACACGAUCUCAGUUGUGAGAGCGUCGCCUUAAUUAUGUGAGGAGUCACAGCCACACUCGUCUCCUAGUUUUUUUUACUUUCGCGCGUCUCUACGCCAGUAGCAGCAACAGCAGUAGUCAUGGCUCGACCGAAGCAUCGGGCGAACGUCGAUGUCUGCGCCGAUUGCAGCUCUCCUGAGCCUGCAUGGGCCUCAGUAAAUAGGGCAAUUCUGUUGUGCGAUGAGUGCUGUAGCAUACACCGGAGUCUAGGAAGACAUGUAUCAUCCAUCAAGUCAUUGACUAGAGGUGUUUGGAGUACAAAUAUGUUAAAUAUGGUUCGUACAUUAAAUGAUAAUGGAGCCAACAGUAUUUGGGAGCAUUCCCUCUUAGAUCCCAGUAAUUCUAAAAUUAGCAGAAGGAAACCUCAGCCAAAAGAUCCUUUACACCCUGUGAAAGCAGAUUUUAUUAAAGCAAAACAUCAAGAAUUAAAAUUUAUUCUACGUUCAUGUAAAGAAGAUAGUUGCAGUGAAGAGGAAUUGAGUAGGCAAUUACAUAGUAGUGUUCGUACAGGCAAUUUGGAAACUUCUCUGAGACUCUUGGCUCAAGGAGCAAACCCAAAUUAUUUUUACAAGGAAAAAGGGACAAUGCCUUUGCAUGUUGCUGCUCGAGCAGGACAAGCUCUCCAGUUGGAAUUACUUAUUGCUAAUGGUGGGAAUUCUAGUCUGGUAGAUUCAAGUGGACAUACUCCUGCAGAAGUAGCAAAGUUGGCUGGUCAUUUAGAUUUAUCAGAAAGAUUGAUUGAGUGCAUGUAUGAAGUAACAGAUAGGUUGUCAUUUUUUUUAUGUUCUCGUAAACCUGAUCAUAAGAAAGAUGAACAUCUAAUAAUUCCUGAAUGGGCAUCUACUAUCGAAAGAAGUGAAUUAGCCUUUGAAGCACGAAAUAAAUUGAAAAUGUUACCAAACCAUUUAUUGGAAGAACUCGUUUCCGAUGUCUAUGAUGAGGUAGAUCGUCGAGAGACCGAUGCUAUUUGGCUGUCAUCAGCGACUAUUCCUGAAAGAUGUAUAGUGCCAUUUCUGCCGAUUCAUCCGCAGCUAUCGUCAACGCGAAACCAGGGACGACAAAAACUCGCAAGAUUCACUCCAAAGGAAUUCGCUACACUGAUCAUUGAUAUUCUAACUGAGGCCGGCCAAAGGCAAACUCUCGCCAACAGUACGCCUCUGCAAGAUCCAGCGGUGAUUAUGUUACGUAAGGAGCAGUUAAAAAAACAUGGAUCCCAAAUGUCGGACGAUGAGCCACUUUACGAUAGCGUCGCCUCUGACGACGACUAUGCAGCACUUACCUCGGACGGCAUCGCUGGAUUAUCCUCGAUAACAUCAGAUAACGAGAAGGCACUGACUCCGAUGGCAAAAGGUUUGCCAUCAGUCGUGGAAGUAUUGAAAAAACAAUUGACUCUAUCGGAAUCCACGACGAGAAAUCUAAAAGAGGAAGUUCGACGACUUCAACGAACAGUCGAUCAACUAAUGCAAGAAAAUCGAGAAUUAAAAAUCGCAAUACAAGCACAAGCAAGAUUACAAGUACAACCGGAAAAGGUAAUAAACGGUCAUAUAGGUGAACACGAUGAAUUGGAGCCUGUCUUAGAUGUCAAAGUCUCAACGCCUACAAAAGGUAGUCAGCGACCUGUAUCGAUGUACGAAACACGAGAGGGGCCCAGAAAACCAUUGAGUUUUAUGAAUCAGACUAAGAGAGAAACAGAAGGAUUGCCGCGUCCUUGCACGACGCAAGGAUUGUGGGAGUGUGGCCAAACUAGUCUACCACCCAGCGAUGAGGUGACAAGACGAACGGAACAAGUUACAAGACGUAUUCAGGAAUUGUGGAUGGCCAUGCAGGAUCCGUUACAUCGCGAAGCUUUUGUACCUUGCGCGGAACGUAUCCGCGUUGCUGUUGCUGAACUUGCAGCUAUUUUUCCUCAGAAUCCGAUAGAUGACAAUAUCAGAUCAGCUUUGCGUCAAUUGAACGGUAACACGGGUCGGUUGCAAGCAGAGUGCAGCGCUUUGCAGAGAUGUACCAGUGACCUCGAUCAUAUGGAUCGUUGCCUUCAGCAAGUUCGUUCCAGUGCCUACGACAUCGCCAAAGCCACUAAGCUUCUUGUCACGCAAUUUCAACUAUCGUAAUUUACACAGUCACGAACGUAUUUAUAACAAAAAAUUACGGUUGUCAAACAUAUUUAUAACAAAAAUAUUCAUUCAGUGUGCAACGCGUGUAUUGUUAUGUAUUAUCGUAUAUAUAGAUAUAUUUUAAUCGAAGAAACUGAAAAGAUUCUAUGAAAUUUGAUGAGCUGCGAUAAUAAUUGGCUCUCUUCUAAUAGAAUGUUUUAAAGGCCUUUUUGCCAUUACAGAAUUAUGACAAUUACUCAGAUUUUUCUUUCUAUUAGAUUAGAUGUAUUUUGUAAAUAUUCGUGUGUUCUUUGUAAGAGGAAUUGAUUUCAUUCAGGACCGAAUAAUAUUGAUUCGGUUGCGAAUUUGUUAUUAACGAAUACCUCUCGAAGGUGCAAUUAAGACUGAAUUAGAUUUUUUUUGUCAAUUUUCACUUUAUUUUCAAAUUCUGUCUGUCAUUGAUGCUAAGUGAAACGGGCUUCCGUUUGUGUAUCUAUUUUUGUAAUAGCGUUAGUAAAAAUUAACUUAGACUUUAACCACGUUACACUCGUUGAAGUAAUUAAUUGUGCAAUAAUAACAGUACCUUUCUCUAAUGGGAAACUUUUUAUCAUUAUCUUUUUUUUUGACAUCGAUUUAUACAACAUAAUCUACUUAAUACUGCAUACAUGUAUGCUUAACUAUUGUACCUACGAAUUUGGUGCUAUGCGGAUAAUAUACGGCCUCAGAAAGAGUGUUACUUGUUGGUUGUCAAAAGAUUACAUGGCAUUGCCUAGUAACUUAGUAACUUAGAUGCUAAUAAAAAUUAAUUGGAUAAGCCUAACUUACAACUCGAUGGUCUAACAUAUAUAUAAUAAUAAUGAAAAUAUACUGAUAUUAUUAACAUGUUCAUCGAAUGUCGUUCGAAAUAUUUGACAAGUACGUUUAUACUAUGCCCAUUAUACGCUUUUAUCGCUGUAGACUCACGUAAACAGUCUCAUGUGUACACUUAUUUGUAGAAUUGUACAUUUUAUACUUUACAAAUUCCAUCACAGACCAAAUCAAGGAAAAAAAAUUGUUUAUUUGUAAAUUAUAUAUGAAAUUAAGCAUACUUGCGUUUUAUGUAUCUAUAUAUAUUUUCUUUUCUUGCACUUUCUAUGUAUAAACCAGUCCAUGUGUGUGUGUAUAUAUAUAUAUAUACACACACACACCGUAAUAAUAAAAGUUUUUUUCCGAAAUUCAGCGUUUGUUUUGCAGAACUCUACAAUUGAACGUCAUUUUUUCUUUUAACCUAGAUAGGCAGAAACAUUCUCAAUAGCGAUUUCUUAAAUUUUGACAAGAAUGGCUGAAGUAAGAGAAGAAACGGCAAUUAUUCACACGUAUCCGAUCGUCAAGGUACUCGCCAAUGAUCAAUCAGGUUAAAAGAACAAGAACCUUUGCGACUUGGAUUUCAUCCCAGCAUACAGACAUGCAAGACGACAUGAAACAGGAGGCGAUGGAAGUGACAGUAACGGCAGUGGAGAAGUACUCGGACAACUACGAAACGGCCGCGCGGAUGGUGAAAGACAACAUGGACAAGAAAUUCGG